AUGGCUGAUGAACCGCGUCGCUCCGGUCGCUCGACCAAAGGACAACACAAAAACCUCGAUAUGGUCAACGAAACGCCCGGGAAGAAGACGAAAUCGAAAGCGCAUUCGAAAGACAAGGGGUCGAAGGCCUCCGCAGAGCCCACCCCCGCCCCUAGCGAGGAGGAGGAGGACGAGAUCAUCCGAUGCAUUUGUGGCGAAUACGAGGAGGAGGAGGACAUUGAACGUGAUAUGAUCUGCUGUGAUUCCUGUUCCGCAUGGCAACACAAUGACUGUAUGGGUCUGAAGUUUGCGAAGGGCCAGGAACCGGAUCAGUACUUCUGCGAGCAAUGCAGGCCCGAGAACCACAAAGACCUUUUGGAGCGAAUGGCGCGUGGCGAGAAGCCAUGGGAGGAAGUUGCAGAAAAGAGGCGCAGAGAAGCUGAGGAGCUCAAGCAGUCAAAACGCAAGGGCCGUAAGAAGGGUGGCAAGCGAGGCAGACCGAGCGAGUCCAAGGCCGAUGCAAGCACACCCGCUCGUGGAUCAGCUUCUCGACCAUCUGCUACUCCUUCAGAGACCCCUGCAGCCUCGACUGCUACGCCUGUUGCUGAGAAAAGCAGUCAUCCUCCUGACCAGCGGUCCGCGAAUUCCCAGAAGCGGAAGUUUAGUGAGCAGCAAGAAGUAUCGACCCCUGAAUCAUCAGGCCCUAAAUCAAAACAGCAAAAGACUUCGCCACCUGCUAGAGGGUCAACGCCUCAAACCAGCAAAUCAGCUCCCGUGAAGCGUGAGCCAGCGUCACAGGAUGCUCAGCAGCCAUCUGUUACAGAUACCGCGGCAACUCAAGGAGCUAAGUCUUUUGAUGACAUUUCCAUCCCAGCUAGGAGGAAUGCUGCUAGUGCGCUAGCGAAGGUCUUCGUAGAUCAAAUUUCUGAUGCACUGGCGCGGGGAUCUUUCAAACUGCCCAAAGGCAAGGCGGGGGAGGAUGUCGGUCAGCAACUCGGCCUCUCAGUCGAGGAUGCUUUAUAUCAGAAUCUAUGUGGAGGAUCUGGAGAGCCUACAGAAGCUUAUAAGUUACAACUGCGGACGAUUUUGUUCAACGUAAAGAAGAACCCUUCUCUACGGGACCGUCUGCUCGUAGGUAGUUUACUCCCUGAUGACCUCUCUAAAAUGAGCUCCCAAGACAUGGCAAGCGAGGAGCUGCAGCAGAAAGAUGCAGAGAUCAAGAGAGAGGCUGAGAGACAGCACAUCAUUAUCCAAGAACAAGGGCCGCGGAUUAGGAGGACCCAUAAGGGUGAGGAAAUAGUCGAGGACGACCAACAAAACGUUGCUAGCGAACCCGUUUUUUCGGCUGCUCCGCCUCGGGCUGUCGCUGAAGAUGGCAGCCCAGCUGCACACAGUCCAACAAGCCCAGCUGCUAAGCAGUCAGAGCCUGGCUCCCAGGAGAAGACUCCCCAGACAGAGGAGGCUAAGCCGACUGAACGAACAAACCACGAUGAGCACUUUCCACCUCGAGGCCACUCUCCUGGUACCGGCCAGGAACAAGUCUUCCCAGAAGUUGCAACAAACAUUCGCGAACCAGUACCUACUGGCAAAGUCCAGGCCGAUGCCGAGAUCGAUCAACUGCUGAGGGAUGAUGACGAGCCGGACUCUCCGCCUUAUUCGCCCAAAGAACAUCACGAAGAGGGCUCCAUUUGGCAUGGAAAGGUUGUCAUGAACCCCGUCUCUGAGUUCAUGUCAUUCGCCAAGCAUGUCGGAGGUGCAGAUUUGAGUGGGAGGAUACCUUGGAACGAACUUAUUCCGCCUACCUUGCUGAUUGACGGGAGAAUCGACAUCCAGUUGGCUACUAACUACCUCUGCGGUCUGCGAUUCAGCUCAUCGACCGAUGUAUCGGUGAUCUCCGUGGGCAGUCCGGAGUCUCCUAAGGAGAAGGCCGGAUUCGACAAGCUCUUCAACUACUUCCAGGAUCGCAAGAGGUAUGGUGUGAUUGGCAAGCACCCUCUCCCGGCCGUCAAGGAUACCUACCUCAUUCCCAUUGAGGCCGGGUCGAAGAAGAAGCCCGAGUUCAUCGAGUUACUAGAAAACAACGCGCUCGAAGACCCGACGCCAGAGCGCAUCCUGCUUGUCGUGUUUGCGGUCAAGACGGGCGAGUCGAACCCCCCGUCGGUGCAACCUCCUUCACACCAUUCAAGCAUGGAGCCCGCAGCUUCAGCAAGCCCGUUGACAGUCGCAUCUGGUACCCCACAGCAAGCCCAUUUCGCGACGCCGGGCCCUCGAGCAGCACAGUUCCCUCCAACACCCUCGCCAGCAUUCCCGGGAGCUCCCCAGGGGUCUAUUCCAUACAACCAACAGACGCAGCAACCACAAGGUCAGCCGCCACCGCCACCAAACGCUGCGUUUCAAGCUCAACCACCAACAAACCAACCGUCCGUCACCGGUCUUGCCGCGGCAAUCCAAGUCCUAGGGGCACAAGCAAACACACCCGCCAUCCAACAGCUCCUCCAACAAGCACCAAACGCAAAUAUCACCCAGUUGAAUGUUGUUCGGGACAUCCUCGUCCGACAGCCGCAGGCAGCCUCUGAUUACCAGCUGCUAAUGAACGAAUUGUAUCAUGCUACGACGACAAACGGAAAUGGUCAUACCCCGCAGCAGCCCGCCCAAUAG